AUGUGGCAGCCCCUCGGAGUAGCCAGCGAAGUCGCGAGCUGGCAGCCCGAACCGAAAGAGCGCGGCUCCUGGAGCAUCCUCUCUUCGUGCCUCACCACCAUCGGUCUCUGCGUCUGGACGGCCUUGCAUCUCAACAUUCCGGAGCACGGUCGCAAGCCCGCAGUUCCCUGGCGCAAGAUCCUGUGGGCUAUCCUGGGCCUAUUCGCGCCCGAGUUUGCAAGUCUGAAUACUCUCAAUUUUCUCUGGAUUGUACUUGCUAAUCUCUCCGGUAUGGAGAAGCACCUGGCAGAUCUCAGUCCUCCGCUUGUUAAGAAGAGAAGGUGGUGGAAGCGCCUAUGGUCUUUCCCCAAAUCAAAGGGGGCGUCUGGAGACGAUGUCGAUGACGGAUCAGGGUCUCCUGGCGAGAAAGAGCCCAGCCUGACCGCGCCAGAUCGCUCACCAGACUGUCCAUCCGAAGAGCAAGACGACGACCACCGGCGGAAGCACCGCUGGACAUCGACCCACAGCUUCUACGCCAUCAUGGGAGGUUUCGUGAUCGACAACGGCGGAAACCAGAGCGUCUGUCCACUGCCCCAAGGCAGACAACGACUGACCUUACUCCCGCGCGCCCUCCUCUUCCUAGCAGAGCACGAACCCGAUCUGAUACCCGACAUCCCAGAGAGCUCCAUCCGGGACAAGAGCAAGUCGGAGGGCGUGGCCAAGCUCAUCGCAUACUGGCAGGCCGUGUGGUACGUCGCGCAGUUCGCCUCGAGGCUCGGAGAGGGGUGGAACGUCACGAUGCUGGAGCUCAACACCUUGCUCCACGUGGUCUACGCCCUCUUGGUGUACUUCGUCUUCUGGAUACACAAGCCGCUGGACGUCACGGAGCCGACGGUUAUCGUGGUGGACGGCGAGCGUCAGGCUCAAGUGUUUGCUGCGCUGAGCCUGGUCAGCGAAUGCGGGAAGGCUCCGCUGCAGCCCUGGUGGGUGGAUUGGGCUGAGAACGAUGACGUGGGCCGCUCGACUGAUGACAGAGUAUUGUCGGCUUUGGCUUUGUUCAAAGCGCAUGGGCUUCACUCUGGAGAGGUAGACUUGGAUGAGCUUGAGGAGCCAGCUCUUCAAGCAGCUAUGGCGAGGUCUUCACAGUCAGAAGAGGAGCCUCCAGAAAGCUUCCACGACCGCACUGCGAAAGCUAUCAUCGCCGCUAUCACCACUGGGAGUCCACCUCCUGAUUUGGAUGUUGCUGAAAUCCCGCAGAAGAAUAAGGUACAAUAUCGCAGAUUGAAAGGCAUGCUGGAUCCUGCGCCUAUUCCGCAGAUGUUGGCGACGAUCUGGUCAAGAUUAGGGGUCGAUUUUGAGAGAGUGUGGACGUAUGGGGGGCUCUCUGAACUAUGGAGCGACACAGCGGGGAGGUCGGAUGGAUUACAAUCUGGCAUUGGUGACGCCGAUGUGCAGCUCGAGGAGACAGCAGUCAUCAUCCCGCGCGAGGACAUCCACCGGUUCCAUCUAGGCCUCCGCGGCAUGGAGAAAUACCCCUCGCUAGCCAGCCGCGUUUCCUCUCUGUCCAACAUGCUCGCGCCCAAGGCUCCUGAUCUUUCGACCGAGUUACUCGUCCAGAUGUCGACGAGCAUGCGAGAGGUAGAGCCGUUCUCGUCGACCCCAAUCUUUUCCACCAUUCAUUUCACACAUGGCGAAUCUGCCACCACUAACCAAGACAACGCACCGAGCGCGUCUUCAGCCCCCGCGUACAUGACUCCAUCACAGGCCGCGCGGAUCUUGCUGGCUUCUCCUUGGAUCUCGCUGUGCGGAUUCUUCAUCACGAGCUCCCUCUACGGCGGGGUGCAUCUGAUACUAGGUUGGAAUGGACCAAUGCACACGCAUGCCGAGGUGAUGCUGUGGCGGCUUGCCAGUAUCAUGAUCACGGUGCCGUGGUCGUACAUGGUUAUCGGUUUGCCGUACUUUGCCGUCAUCCUCACAACGUGUCUCCUCAUCGUUGUCGCAGUCGGUCUGAUGUACGCGCCGACGUUUGCGGUAUGCUGGACAAUGACGCAGAUCAAGGGAACGGAGCGGCGGGCGCUUUUGUCACCCGGGAUACGCCAUUUCGUUGUUACAAUCUGCGCGGCAGCUUGCUCGAUUUUCUUCGCGUUCCCGUUCGUGAUGGUUGUGACUGUUGUCGCUGCCUAUCUCCUCGCCAGGGUGUACAUCGUCGUGGAGUGUUUCCUCAGCUUGCCUUAUGCUCCGGAGUCGGCUUUCCAUCUGCCGAAUUGGAGUUCAUACACGUUCCAUCUAUGA